CCAGCAUCUGCUUUAUCUGAGGAAAGAAAGUCUGACAAGGGGACAUUGCAGACCUUCACAUCAUGUCUAGUUCUGUCCUAAUGAACCUGGCUAUAUGAAGAUGAAGCUGUUAGUCCUAUUUGUGCUGGUCCUCUUUGCCGCUGUCCACUGUGAAGAAGGAGCCAGGCUCUUGGCCUCCAAGGCUCUGUUGAACAGAUAUGCUGUGGAAGGCAGGGACCUCACUUUGCAGUACAACAUCUACAACGUGGGUUCCAGUGCAGCCUUAGAAGUGGAGCUGUCUGAUGAUUCGUUUCCUCCAGAAGACUUUGGGAUCGUGUCUGGAAUGCUCAGUGUCAAAUGGGACAGGAUUGCACCUGCCAGCAACGUCUCCCACACAGUGGUCCUGAGACCCUUGAAAGCCGGCUACUUCAACUUCACAUCAGCUACUAUCACAUACCUGGCGCAGGAAGGGGGACAAGUGGUGGUUGGCUUCACCAGUGCUCCAGGGCAAGGGGGGAUCCUGGCCCAGCGAGAAUUCGAUAGGAGAUUUUCACCACACUUUCUGGAUUGGGCGGCCUUUGGGGUCAUGACUCUUCCUUCCAUCGGCAUCCCCCUGCUGCUGUGGUACUCAAGCAAAAGGAAGUACGACACUCCCAAGACUAAGAAGAACUGAACCACGCCAGGUGACCACUGAGGCGGUAUUUGGGAGUGACGGCAAAGCGAACAGCGGCUCCGUGCUCAGAACUCUUUUUUCAAAUGUGGAAUUCGUAUGUCGCUGUUUGGGAAGCAGCUGCCAUUUGAAAGGAUGCUGGAGAAGCAAGCCUCCCAUACACAAGGCUGCCCCCCUUCUUUUCUCGUCUCCUCUGUGGUCCCCUUCUGGCCACACAGUUGAAAGAUCCAUCCUGCUUCGUUAACGGAGACCACCUCUGCGCCAACCCCUCCUUUUCUCAGCCAGCAUUUUUUUUUCUUCAAAGAAAGAGGCUUGCCCUAGGAGGAGAGAUCUCCGAGCCACGAAUGCAUUUAAAUUGGAACACUUUGAUAUUAGUUUGAAAGAAAGAGAGAGAGCGCUGUCAUGUUGUGUGGGAGGGUUUUUUAAUUACAAAAAAAUAAAUCACAAGUGAUGAA